AGAAGAAGAAGAAGAAGAAGAGCAUCAGAGGUUCAGACAUGGCGUGGCUCCAUCAGAGUCGAGGUUCUCCAAGACUCGUCCUGGUGGUGGUUUGUGUCGCUCUGCUGCUCGACAACAUGCUGCUCACUGUGGUCGUGCCGAUCAUCCCGACCUUCCUCUACGCCAUGGAGCAUCCCAGUCCAGAGCCCCCGACCGCCCAGCCCUCCCUGCUCCCUCUGCCCAGCCUUGGUGCACCACAUUUGGGCACAGUGCCCUCACAGCCCCCCGACCCCAGGUCAAACCUCCAGACCUCCAGCUGGACCUCCCAGCUCCCUCUGCCCAGCCGCAGUGCACCUGUCCUGGGUACACAGUCAGAGCAGAGCCCCCGGUCGUCUCCUCUGGUGUCCCUCUUUGACAACACGACCUUCAGUCUGCAGGAACUCCGGACCGAACCGACCCCGGACACCAAGCCCACAGACCAGACGAACCUGACCACAGAGCUGCAGAUCAACGAGACGACUGACGUCACAGACGCCUCCUGUCUUCAGGACAGCGUGUUUCUGGAGGAGGAAAAUGUUCGUGUUGGUUUGUUGUUUGCCUCUAAAGCUCUCAUCCAGCUGCUCGUCAACCCCUUUGUCGGCCCGCUCACCAACAGGGUCGGGUAUCACAUCCCCAUGUUCGCUGGUUUCAUCAUCAUGUUUGUGUCAACCAUCAUGUUUGCGUUCUCAGGGACGUACGCUCUGCUGUUCUUCGCUCGCUCUCUGCAGGGAAUCGGCUCAUCCUUCUCGUCUGUGGCAGGUCUGGGUAUGUUGGCCAGUGUGUACACUGAUGAUGAGGAGAGAGGCAUCGCCAUGGGCAUCGCACUGGGAGGACUGGCUAUGGGAGUCCUGAUUGGAGCUCCAUUCGGCAGUGUGAUGUACGAGUUUGUGGGGAAGCGAGCUCCCUUCCUGAUCCUCGCCUUCCUGGCUGUGUUUGAUGGAGUGUUACAGCUGUUGAUCCUGCAGCCUUCAAAGAUCUCUCCUGGGAGUGUGGAGGGGACCCCGUUACUGACGCUGUUAAAGGAUCCGUACAUCCUGAUCAGUGCAGGUUCUCUCUGUUUCGCCAACAUGGGCGUGGCCAUCCUGGAGCCGACGCUGCCCAUCUGGAUGAUGCAGACCAUGUGCUCCCCGAAAUGGCAACUUGGUAUGGCCUUCCUUCCUGCCAGUGUCUCCUACCUGAUAGGAACAAACCUGUUUGGUGUUCUGGCCAACAAGAUGGGACGGUGGCUCUGCUCCAUGUUAGGGAUGUUUAUUGUUGGCAUCAGUCUGCUGUGUGUUCCUUUUGCCACCAGUAUCUAUGGUCUGAUUGGACCAAACGGAGGUCUGGGCUUCGCUAUAGGUAUGGUGGACUCCUCCAUGAUGGCCAUCAUGGGUUACCUGGUCGAUAUCCGUCACGCCUCUGUCUACGGCAGCGUCUACGCCAUCGCUGAUGUGGCGCUGUGUAUGGGGUUCGCUAUCGGUCCGUCCACAGGGGGCGCUCUAGUCCAGGCGGUGGGGUUCCCCUGUCUCAUGGUGUUCAUUGGAGUGAUCAACAUCCUGUACGCUCCGCUCUGCUUCCUGUUACGUAACCCUGCUGUCAGAGAGGAGAAGAUGGCGAUCAUCGACCAGGAGUGUGUGAUGCACAGGAAAAGCUACAACACACAGAAGGAGAGUCGUGAGUUUCCUCUGAGUGACUACAGCGAAGAAGAAGAGACGGAGGAGUGACACACACACACACACACACACCUGAAGAUGUUCAUGUUGUGAUGUUGUCUUCUUCAAACACCUUCAUCAUCAGACUUCCUGUCGUCACACAGUCAGAACAGAAACAGACGCUGUUUAAAGGGACAGUGUCGGCAUUAAAGCCCCAUACACCUCCUUAUUAAUUAAAUCUAAUUAAUCAUCAUUUCAGAGCGUUGUGGUUCUCUAAGACAUGUUGUCAUGAACUCACAGACGCUGAGGCAGUUUACAGAGUUAACUAAUGUGAUCACAUUUAUGCAACUUCCAUUAAAAGACACCCGAUUUCCUCCUGCUGGCUGUUUGCUAGGCCCCACCCCCACUCAGUGUGUCUCCAGUCCCAGUGAAGUGGAGCUACAGUUCCAGCUGGACGAGGACAUCUAACUGGCCUACUGUCCUUGUCCCAGUAUACAAGCACGGGAGGGGAAUCCAUUUAUUGAGCCAAGUAUGUGCGACUCCUCUACGAUAGGUGGAGAUAUGCCCCCUUUCAGCUUGUUAGUAUUGGACC